AUGCUUAAAGAUGAUAGUGACUCAACUAUAGCCAGCAAAGGUUGUUUGCUGGCAAAAAGCAAUAAAUGAAUUUUCGAAAACCUUGGCUCCAAGCUUUUAGAUACCUUUUGCUCGAUUUCAAAGCAAAAAUACAGCCCUAAGAUUUCAAGAAAAAAACAAAUAAUCUUUGAGUUGAUUAUUAAUUUAAUCUCAUCAUUACAGUUGAUGUCUUUGGCUCUAUAUCCAAAUAUGCACAUACAGUACUGAGAUGAUUAUUUCGAUUUUUGAAUACUUUUAUAUUAUUUUCGACUUGAUUCAAUUUGCAUUUCUCUUGAUGUUUCCCUUUAUUGCACAUAUGGUCUUACUAUAUAUGUCCUCUCUAUUAUGCUGUUUUUGGCAAUUGCCUUUAAUUUUAAACGUACCAAUAAAAAUAUCCCAAAAUUGAUGAAAUUCAUCUGAAGGAAGAUAAUAAGCUUUGAAAUAGAAUUAUUGCGAGUUCCAAGCCUAAUGAUUUUUCUAUUUGUUAUAAAAUAUUCAAUACUUCAUGAUGAAAAUAUUAAUGAAUAUAAAAAUCAGCCAGACUCAUCAAUUUUAAAUUAUGGUGCUGUAGGAGUUAUAUUAAGUAUGGUAUGCAUAGUGAUAAUAGUGCUUUUAAAUAUUUAUCAAGAACUUCUGCACACAGAUAUUCGGCAUUCAUUUUGAAGUAAAAAUAUCAUCGCCAAAAAUGAAUCUUCUUUGGAUUUAUAUAUACAGUCUUAUACUGUUGUUAUAUGCAUUUUAUAUGUGUUCGUUGGCUCAAACCAUUCAAUUGCCUAUCAUAUUGCAGCUCUUUUAUUUCUUACUCAUCUUUGCUAUCGAAUAAAUUAUGAUUUACCAUAUUACAAUGUAAUUGGCCACCUUAUUCACUCAUGCAAACUCUUUGAAAUUUUAGUUAUUUUUCUUAUAUUUUUAGUUGGAGAGCUAAUUGAUAAUUCCACCAUUAUAAUUGCAUUUAUGAUUUUUUUGCAGCUUCCGCUCUUUUUGUUAAUACACCACAAAGUAUAUAAAUCAUAUCGAGAAUUAAAUAGCACAGAUAGCUUGAAAGAUAUUUUGGGCUAUAAAGUAUUCAAAGACCAAUAUGAUGCUGAAAAAAACAUCAGAAAAUUCCUUUGUAAUAAAAACUUGGAGAGUAAAAAUGAAAUAAUUGAUUUGUUUUCGAAAAUAGAUAAAGUUCAAUUCAAAACAAAUGAAAAUUUUUCCUUUUGAGAGGUGAACUAUUGCUUAUAUGUCUUAAGAGAUGCUAGGGUUGCCAGAAUAAAGUUAUGCAAUAGGAGAAAAUCAAAAUCAUCUUUUGAAGGCUGUAUACAGGCAUGGAGAAUAAAUAAAGCGAUAAGAAAAUUUGAGCAUAAACAUCUUUCUGAUAUAUCUCAAAUUUGUCUAAUUAGUCUGAAUAUUUAUUUAAAAAUUUUAAUUAUUCUAAUAAAAAUUAUAUACAAAUUCAUAUAUAAGCGUAAUAAAUUAUUUAGAAUAUCUAGUCCAAUUUGAAAGAGUAAAAAAACUUGAUGAAAAUUUAUGCUACAUACUUUUAGAUCUAUGAUCUGCAAUAUCUCAUAGCUCGCCCUCAUAUAAAAUUCUAUUCAAGCUUUGUUUGGAAUCCUCCUAUGCUAUUGAAGAGCUGUCAUCACUUUAUGAGUCCAUGAUAGAAAAGCAUAAGCAUAUCAAACUUUACGAUUUAUAUAUAUAGAGGUUUCCUCUAUAUAGCGCUAAAAGCGCAGACAUUUUCCCAGGAGCUUUCCAAGUUCGUCGGACCAAAUCGCUUUUUGGUCCGACCAAGGCAUUGAUUUGGUGCAACCUACCGAUAAAUUCCGAUCAGAAUUUAUCGGCCUUACAGCGCCAAACAUAGGAAACUUCUAUAUCAUUCCUUGAUGGCGUUCUUGGAGAUUCAGAGCAUGCACUCUUUGUUAGUCAAAGGAAAAAUGCCCUUAAAGAUGCUUCUAGCGAAACAAGUGUACUUAAACAAAUAGAGUCUUAUGACGACAAUAAUGGAAUUAUUUUAAUUUCCGCUGAAGAAAAAAGCUUUGGACAUAUUGCAUGCAUAAAUGAGAAAGCUGCUGGAAUUUUGGAGAUUUCUACAAAAGAUGCACGCGAUGCCUAUUUUUUUGACUGAAUCCCUAAUGUUUUAAGCAAGAAACACGAAAUCUAUUUAAGACAAUAUUUUGGGAGCUGCUAUUCAGCUGAAGUUCUUAGCUCAGCUUAUUUCUUGCUGACUCCCCCGCCUAAGUGUGAGUGAAAAAAUUCAUUUUCACCCACAGAGAGGUUCAAUUUAUUUUAAAAAAUUAUAUAUAAUUAUUUUUUUAAAAAAUUCAAGUAAUUUUAAAGAAUUUAAUUUGCAAAAUUUAUGAUUUAAAAAUAAACAGAAUUAACUAGAGAUUUCAUUAUAAAAAUUAUCACUUAUAUAUCAAAAUAUUUUUAGAUAAAAAUGUUUAUAUUAAAAACGAUUUGCUCGCUCUCUGAGGGUGUGCUUUUUCCCAAAAAGUAGGGAUUUUUCCAAUGAUUUUGCUCGCUCAUGGAGGGAGAGUAAGAGACAAGGAAGGAUUUAUUAUAGAAGUUAAAGCUUAUGAAAGAUUUACAGCCUUUGAUGAUUUUUUAUAUUUUUCUUUAUCAUUUCAGCCUCUAAGUAAGGAUCGCCAAGCAUUAAUUAUUUCAAAAAAUGGACAAAUUCUUUGCCAUACUGAAUUUUUUGUUGACACUCUCAGUUAUGAAGAGCGGAAUACUACAAACAAAUUUAUUGUUGAAGUCAUACCUGAGCUGGCACACUUUGAUUUUUCUAAAAACAGCGAACUGCAUAUAAUAAGGGAUCGAAAAAAAAUUCAAUUGAAAUAUAGAAUUAAGAAAGUAGCUUCAAAAAAAAUUCGAUGCAUUUAUAUUAUCGACACUGAAAAAAAAAAAAUUCUUGAUUUUAUGGCAGCCCAAAAGAAAAAUUUAAAUUUCUCAAGGGUAGCUUUGUUUGAUGACAUUAAAUUUGAAAAUCAUUUAAAUGUACCAGAAAUUGAAUGCAAUACUUUUCCUAUGACAAAUAAAUCACUUAUAGAAGAUUCAUCAAAGGAUAUUGCGCUAAAUAUGAAAUGGGAUCCAAAAUUAAGACGAAGGAGCUAGACAUAUUAUAAUCAUUAAAUCUUAUAAUGGUGGCCACAUUUUUAUUUUUAUAUAAAAAAAUAGCAUAUACCUUAUAGUAAAAUUUUUAAUAGAUUUUAAAUAUGAUAUUUGCUAACGAAAUUUUUUUUUAAAAAUGCAACUGAGCAGAUUCAGCGUUUGGCAAAAAAUAUAACGAAACUUCAAUGGGCUUUAUUUGUAGCUGUGAUAUAUAUGUAGGUUAUUUGUGUAUUGGGAACGAAUAUAGGUGUUUUAAUAUACACUUAUCAGGCUGCAAAAUAUACUGAAUCUCUUCACACUUUCGCUCAUUUAGGUGAUCAGCUUACUCAUUUAAGUAUUAUUUCAGAAUGAGUUAGAACAGUCCUUAGUGACAUAGAAAGCAGUUCUAAUAGUCUCAAUGACGAUUUAGCAAAGCUUAAAAUGUACAUUGAUGAGUUUGCUAUUUCUCAAGGGAAUAUUUUGAGUGAUUAUAAAGACUGAAGCUAUUGUUCAAGCUCAGAAAUAGUUAAAGAACCAAUAAUCCCUGUUUUUAGAUUUGACAGCAAUAAUUAUGAUUUGACAAAAAUGAACCUGAUUGACACUUUGCAAUUUGUUACUAAUGCAGUAAUCAUUAUAUAGGGCUAUCAAUUUAUAUCUAAUGUCCAAAAUGAUGAAAAUUCUGAGAAAGAGGUAAAAGUUAUAUUUUUUAACUCGCUAGGAUUUACUUAUGAAUAUGCCAAUCGAGCUUUGGAUAGGCUAGUUAGUUGUGAAAAAUCAAGAGUAAAGUCGAUGGGAGAUAAUAUUACGUCGUUUUUAAUCACGGAGUUUGGAGUUAUGAUGCUUUUUCUUAUUCUCUUGUCCGGAUUUAUUUAUUUUGUCAAUAGAAGCUAUGAUAAUUUUUUGAAUUUAUUCAGGAAUACUGCUUUACCAAAGUGCAUUGAUUUGAAGCAUAAAUAUGUAGAAAGGCUUUCGAAUAUCCAUGGCGUUGAUUUAGAUACUGACAAUUUAUUCAGAAAUAAUAAAAAAAAUCAGCAAAAAAAUGAGAAUAUCCACUCACGACUGUUUUUUAGGUAUUUUUUCAGGCUCUGUGUGCUGCUGAUGAUAGGUCUUAUAUAUAUCCUGGUCACAAAAUAUUAUUUGUAUGAUGACUGCGAGAUCAUGAUGAUUUACCGUCCAGAAAUCUUGAAAAAUUUCAUAUUUAGAAGGUCUCUGCUAUCAAGAAUCGGACUGUGGGCUAGAGAAAUACAUGAGCCUCUUCUUCUUAACUAUUUUAACCAAUAUGACAUCAGUAGGGUGCCUACUAAUGAAUUUAACAAAGAAAACGACGAAUUUUUCUCAAUCCUGAAAAAGCUUGUAACUGACAAAAGAUUCAUGAAAAUGAUAUCAAAAACUUCUCAAGUCGGCAUUUUUGAGCAUAGAGAUAGCCCUUAUCCUUUUAUAGCCUAUGGAACAUAUACAGCUUCAGAGGUAUUGUAAUUGCCCGAGGAUGGCGCUAUUUUGCGCCAUCCUCGGGCAAUUUAAAAAAUGGCCCCACACCGGGAAUCGAACCCACGUGUGGGGCCAUUUUUGGUGCGUGGAAGUCGAUGUUCUCCACUAACCAAAAAUGGCCCCACACGUGGGUUCAAUUCCCGGUGUGGGGCCAUUUUUGAAUUGCCCGAGGAUGGCGCAAGAUAGCGCCAUCCUCGGGCAAUUACUAUAUUUUAUCUCGAUGCAAUAAAUGCAGCAUCUCCAGAAAACAGUAAUUACAAAAACGACUUAAAUGAUUUCUCUAAAAACUUAUAUAUCUUAACAAGUGGCUAUCUAAAGACAUUUAGCUCAAUUGAUAAUGAUUCUGUUCAUGCAAUCGAGUACGAAUUGAAUUUUAUUAUGUACUCCAUGAUCUCUUUUUCAAUCCUAAACUUGUUGAUAUACUUCAUAUAUUAUUGGCCAUUUUUGCAAUUUGAGAAAAAGAAAUUCGGUAAGCUUGAAAUAAUUGCUUCAAUUAUUCCGAAUUACAAAGUGUAA